AUGUUGCCUAAUGAAAUAAACACAUUAGGGAGAGGUGGCACUAGGCCAAGCGGCCGAAUCAUGGUUCCUUUUUUCGAUGAAAGCAGUGCUAACUUCUGUUUUCCCUUUCCAUGUGACAAACCAAAGACUCCAAAGCCACAAAAAUCACCAGGCAAAGAAAUCAAUGACAAAAACAAAAAAGCCAAUACCUCGAAGUUUAGUGGUCGAGAGAUUGUAAGCGAAAAAAUAACUCAAAUGAGCUGUAAUAUAAAAUCAAAUAAUUGGGGAAAGAAGCAAAGUGGUAAAAAAAGCAAUCUGAAGGAACUGAGUGAUGAACUGAGAGUUAGGGGAAAUAGCCUAAAUGGUAGUACUAGCCGCGGUUCCCAGGACGAUUUAUUCUCUGACUCGUUGUCAUUCAAUAGCGAUUCGAGAUGUCCCAGAUUUUCUGAUGUCUUAGGACAUGGUCCCGAAGGUGAUUUCAGACUUCCUAACCGUACCUAUUCGUCACUUAGUUCGGAUCAUGAACCGCAGUACAGCUUUGCUAGUGCACUCAUUAAAAGUAGUAACAUAAACGAAAAUUUACGAAAACUGUCCGUAUCAUCUGAAGGGAAGAGUGUGGUAUCUAUCUGUGACAGGAGAUCAAAAGAGCUCAAGUUAUUGCUGAAGCAGAUGGGUAUACUAUCACCUGACGACACAGAAUCAAAGCUAAAAGAUAACCGUGUUAAAGAAAAAAUUGACACAAACGCUGAAAAACGCUAUGUUUUCCCAAAAUACAUGUCAUCUCCGGAUCCAUCAAGCAUCCCUGUACCGGGUUUGCCUUAA